AUGGGCCGUCCAACACUCUUUUUAGCAGUCUUUCUUUCGUUUCUCGCGAGCUCCACAGCAUCGAAAGAUGUACCACUUUUUGGGGGCCAAGACAGCCUUCUCACGGCGCCCGACACCGCGGCUGAGCUGGAGAAGGGUGCCAUGCGAUAUGUCGGACCAGAGAUCCAAGCACUGAACAACAUGGACGCAGUAGAGGCACCGCCAAACACUCACAGCCACGUCAAGCGCUACGGUUCUGGAAAGCCCUACUGGAUGUCGCAGAUCAAACGACAAGGCAAGAUAGCCUACGGCAACGAAUCAUACGUCCUAUGGCGUAAUGUGAGGGACUAUGGCGCCAAGGGUGACGGCGUUACGGAUGAUACCUAUGCGAUCAACAAUGCGACUGCGGAUGGCAAUCGAUGUGGGCUUGGUUGCGACAGUCAGACCACGACACCGGCCAUUGUGUACUUCCCUCCAGGCACAUAUAUGAUCAGCGCACCACUGGUCCAAUGGUACUACACGCAAUUCAUUGGUGAUGCCAACAACCUGCCAGUCAUCAAGGCUUUGCCCAAUUUCUUUGGCAUCGGGCUCUUCGACUCAAACGUCUAUCUACCCUACGGCUACAACUGGUAUACCAACCAGAACAACUUCUGGCGCCAGAUCCGGAAUUUCGUGCUUGAUAUCACGCUGGUCGAUCCUGCACGCUCUGUACACUGCAUCCAUUGGCAGGUCGCGCAAGCUACGUCUCUCCAGAAUCUGGUCAUGAACAUGGUAGUCAGCGGACCCAACGAAAAGACUCAGCAGCAGGGUAUCUUUAUGGACAAUGGAUCUGGAGGCCUGCUCGAAGACAUCAUCAUUAAUGGCGGUGAAGUGGGCUUCUUUUCCGGCAACCAACAAUUUACCUGUCGCAACCUGACGUUCAACAACUGCCAAACUGCGAUUUUCCAAAACUGGAAUUGGGUCUUCAACUACAAGAGUAUCUCUAUCAACAACUGCGGGAUCGGACUCGAUCUAAGCCAAGGAGGCCUGGUCCCUGCAACCGGCAGUGUAAUCCUCCAGGACAGCGUUAUGACAAACGUUCAAUACGGAAUCGUCACAUCAUUCUCCCGCAACAGCACACCAUCUGCAGCCGGCACAAUGGUCCUCGACAACGUCGAUUUCAGGAACACCAACCCAGCCAUCAUCUUCAAGAAUAACACCGUCCUACUCCCUGGUAACCGCAAAGUGGACAGUUUCAUCCAGGGCAGUGCUUACACCGCGUACGAAUCUCAGGUGGUCAUUGAAAACCUCACGUGCUACCAGGCGACGGCAGACUACACGCGCAUGCAAGGCGAGGUACGAGCUCCACCUAAACCUGCCAGUCUGCUUGAUUCCGAGGGCAAAUGGCGGGAGCGAGGCCGGCCACAGUACGAAGGCGUUCCCGUCGAAAAGUUCAAGAGCUCAUUCGACUUCGGGUGUCACGGUGAUGGGCUUCAGGACGACACUACAAAUGUUCAGAACUUCUUGAACUCAAUAGCACCAGACGAGAUUGCAUACUUUGACCACGGGGCGUACCUGAUCAGGGACACCAUCCGGAUCCCCAACAACAUCAAAAUUCAAGGAGAGAUCUGGCCUCUAAUCAUGAUUGACGGCUCCAGUCCAGUGUUCCAGAACGAGCUCGCGCCUGUCCCGGCCGUCGUCGUUGGACGUCCUGGCGACACCGGCACCACCGAGAUCGUCGACAUUGUGUUUGAGACCAGAGGGCCAGCGCCUGGUGCGAUUCUGAUGGAAUGGAACCUCGCGGGGGAAACGCCGGGUUCGACGGGCAUAUGGGAUACGCAUUGGCGCAUCGGCGGCAGCAACGGCACGCUGCUGCAGGCCGACCGGUGCACGAAGACCCCGAACAUUGCGCAUGGCGCGAACAAGACUUGCUGGGCGGCGCAUACGCUUCUCCAUCUCACACACACCGCCUCUCUGAUGAUGUCGAACAACUGGGGCUGGGUCGCUGACCACGAGCUCGAUUUGCCGCCGAAUAACCAGAUUGACUUAUAUAAUGGCAGGGGUCUGCUUGUUGAGAGCCAGGGACCCGUUUGGAUCUAUGGGGGCUCGUUCGAGCACAGUAUGCUCUACAACUACAACAUCGCGAACGCAAAGGACAUUUAUCUUGGGGUUCUUCAGAGCGAGACCGCCUACAUGCAGAAUAACCCAGACGCCCUGUCGACCUGGCAAACGAACCCGGCUUACUCCGACCCGACGUUCGAUGAGUGCUACCAAGCGACCUGCUACAAGACCUUCGGCCUGCGUUUCUUCAACAGCACGUACAUUUACGUAUACGGCGGCGGGCUGUACUCCUUCUUCAACAACUACGACCAGGGAUGUCUGAUCACGGAGAACUGCCAGACUCAGGUGAUUAGUUUGGAGCAGAGCGAGGGCAUCUACCUGUACGCGAUGAGCACAAAGGCGGCGGCGAACAUGGUCGAGGUGGAUGGCGUUUCGCUGGUGCCGCAGGCGCAAAACAAGAAUGGGUUCUGUCAGACCGUGGCUAUCUUUGAGUUCCCGUAG